GCGAGGCGGUCUCGGGUUUUUGUGGACACAAGAUGCCUGGUGACUUCUAGAGAUGGACUUGGGCAGGAGGAACCUCCAACUCACACCUUGUUUUUCCCCCAAAAUAGGAUUUCUCCUUCCCAAAGCUUGGCCAAAUAGAGGAGGAGGCUGCGAGGAAGAGGAAGAUGCCCCAGGACCCCCAGGCAGACAACAACUUGAGGACAGAGACCAUGGAGGACAAAUCCCCGUGGCAGAACCUCAUGGAAGAGGCUGUUUUGAACAGCUCCACUGUGCAGGAAGGCAACAGGGAGGAAAAGCCACAAACAUUCCCCAUGGGAAAGGGCUCCAAACUCACUCCAUGGUGCUCCGAGGAGGAAAACCCCCCCGUGUGCUGGGAGGGUGGCUGGAGCUUCAGCCAGAGCUCUGAUCUGGUGGUCCAUGAGCAGCUUCACAGCAGAGAGAAGCCUUUCACGUGCUUGGAAUGUGGGAAGAGCUUCAGCUGGAGGUCCCACCUGAUCCGCCACCAGAAGAUCCAUACCGGGGAACGGCCCUACACAUGUGGGGAAUGUGGGAAGAGCUUCAGCCAGAGCUCUGACCUGGUGGUCCACCAGCGUCUUCACACUGGGGAACGGCCCUACAAGUGCUUGGAAUGUGGAAAGAGCUUCAGCAAGAGCUCCAGCCUCACGUACCACCAGCGCUUCCACAGUGGGGAACGGCCCUACAAGUGCUUGGAGUGUGGGAAAAGCUUCAGCCAGAGCUCCCACCUCCUCACCCACCGCCGGUUGCACACAGGGGAACGGCCCUACAAGUGCCUGGAAUGUGGGAAGAGCUUCAACCGUAGUUUCAGCCUUGUCAUCCACCGGCGUGUUCACACCGGGGAACGGCCCUACAAAUGUCCUGAGUGUGAGAAGAGGUUCCGGACCAGCUCUGAUCUCCUUCUGCAUCAACGAAUGCAUACAGAGGAGAGGCCCUUCCGGUGCACUGACUGUGGGAAGGGCUUUGUCCGCAGCUCUGACCUCAUUAAGCACUGGCACAUCCACACCGGGGAGAGGCCCUACAGGUGCUUGAAGUGUGGGAAGAGCUUCAACCAGAGCUCUGCCUUGACCUCACACCAAAGGACCCACCGAUAAGGGAAGCCAUCCGAG